AGCUCUCAACAAACAACGAUCACAUUAUUGUGUUUUAUUUCUGAUUUAUUACAAAAGAAUCAAUGUGAGCGAUGUUUACAGACAUAAAUAACGCUCUGAAUAUUAACACUGACUUCUUAAGGAAUCCAUGUCUGAUAGGAAUUGGUGAAAAUGGGGCUGAUUGCUCAUUUUUGAUACAUCACUUCAUUUCUCUUUAUCUCAAGAAUGGUGUUACAGUUGUUUUGAUCAGUUUCAAACAAGCUUUGAACCAUUUCAACGGGGUUGGAGCUAAGAUCGGGUGCAAUUUAUUGAAAUUUAAAGAACAAAAUAGGUUUGGCUAUGUUGAUGGUCUUCGAAAUCUCUCUCAGUGUGUUAAUAAUGGGAUCGGAAAUGCAGCAUAUUCAUGGACAAACUGUGUUAAUGAUGUUGGGCACAUUGAUAGUAUGGCACUCAUGAAAGAAAUUAUAUUUCACAUGUCAAGUAUUACAGAGAAGAUGCAGGAACCUGGAGCAAUGACAUUGAUAAUAGACAAUAUAACACCUUUGCUUGAUGUUGGGAUGACACCAACAGAAGUAACCAAACUUAUUCAAUAUUUAAAAGCCCAUAUUGAAAAUGAUAUAAGAGGCAACUUUGUUGUUGGAUGCUACUCAGACAAGAUUGAUGAGGAGGGAAGUACUUUAUCAAAAUACAUCCACCAUUCAGCAGAUUUAUUUCUGGAAGUUAAAGGUCUUGAAACUGGAUACUGCAAAGAUGUCCAUGGCCAGUUGCUGGCUCACUGGCCUCAGGGUUACCUGCGGGAGAAGGCCGUGACUAAGUCCUGGCAGUACAAGCUCACAGACAAAACCUGCGCUCUGUUUGCAGCUGGCAUGUCCUCUGCUGUCCUUUGAUUCAUUUGGAGGUCUGCUGUCCUCUGAUUUAUUUGGAUGUACGUAAAGUACACAAGAUAAAAGGAAAUAAAGUAACAUCUGCUUGAGUCACAUUCUGUUUCAACUUUGUGAAUGAUAAAUGUCAGUGUUGUAUGUAAAAUCCAAUGGUUUAAUGAUACAUCCAUUCUUCAAAGAUGAACUUGUAUCUCUUUCUGUGACCAUAAUCAUGAUGACCAUGUUCAGAGUUCUGCUUAUGGUAUUCAGAAUCAACUUCUGUAAUAAAGUACAUAUUGAAAUCUGGGACCAAUAAUACAUGUAAUCCUACUCCCAGUUCAGCGCCGUAGCCUCACUGAGGCACACCCUCGAUUAAAAUUAAGAGAGCAAAUAAAUAAAAAUAAAUAAUACAAUGAAAACUAAUAAGAUCGACCUCUGAAUUCGUGAAACGACUACAAUGUUACAUUUAAUUAUGAAAAAUGCCGUAGCAGCAGACACUGAGCCAAACCAAGGCACCUUCUUUGCUGUCAUUUAGCACUGCUGGGACUCUGUACAAUAUAUCAAACCCUACAGCAAUGCCUGUUUAAAACAUAAACUCUUUCUCCCAGUUUAUCCGUUAGUUUUUCAAAGUAGGCCUUGAGUGUAAUGCUUAUUGUGAUAUUUUUUAGUAAAAUGCCUUCUAUCGAACGAUGUUCAUUAAAUGCACCUGAACAAGUUCAAGCCCACAUGUAGUGUCUUUAGACUAAAUGAAAGCUUUUGAUUAUAAAGUUUUAAAAAGUUUCACCUUAAAAACGAUUAUCUUUAUAUCAAAUAAGUAGGUACAUGUGAGUAGGUGCCUUCAUAGGUGCAUCUAAUGAUUUUUGGAAGUACAAAGCGUGUCAAUACUAAUACCUAUGCACAGAGAGAUAGUACUCGCACCGUUCGUCCAUCCCUUAACACCGUGUUUCACAUGUUAGGUAGUCAAUUUAAAUCCAAAUUCAUUGAAAACGUAAUGUUAUUCGAGAGCAGCGGGUGUGUCGCGCAUACCAUUUAUGCUCUCAAAUGUCAAGAUCAAGCCAAUUGAUAGGGAUUUAAUACUAUUAACAGCUGUAACUCGUUAACUUAUAAUCAGAGAUCAGACUACAGCAAUGUAGAACAGUCUAGAUAGGUACAUGUAUGUCACGCGCAGCCUUGAAGGGUGUGUCAAUCAUAAAAUUUGUGUUCUCAUCUUAAAGAUCAAGAUCGCCAUUAGCGGCCAAUAAAGGUAUCAAGAAGGUAAUUCGUGUCUCGGCUGUAACAUGGUCUCUUUCAAAUGAAUUUUGAUCACGCUUCACGAAAGUGUAGAGCAGCUUGUGAUGGUAUCGCCCAUAGCAUGCAUGUUGUAACCACCAGCCCAGGUCAAAGAUACGGGAGCAGGACUUUUCAACCCCAAGACUUUUCAACCCCUUCUGAAAACGAAGACUUUUCAACCCUUAGACUUUUCAAUCCCUAUUUAAAAAAAAAAAAUUAAAUAUAUCGUCGUUAAUUUCGUUGUUUGUCUGUCUUUGUUUCCGGAGAAUUAACUUUCAUUCCUAAUUAUGUAUUACCGAGACGCUUUGUCAACAGGGAAACAAAAUGGCGGAGUUCGGCGAUCCCUGUCCGAUUUCUCAAAUUGACAGACGCAUGUUUAUGGUCCAAACACGUGGUUGAUCACAGGAGACACAUUUUGCUGUCUUCAUAAUGAAAAUAUUUAGGAUAAAGUUCGCGGUGUUAUUUAUCCAUGUCCAAAAUAAAACUUACUUUUGGCUUAACUGCGAGGUUCACAUUAAUUUAUCCGCAAUUAUCAAUGUUUAUUUAUUUCGCCUAAUUUAAGUCCCAUUAACUGAAAUCCAAACAAUAACCUGCGAAAGUUUUAACAACACAUUUAUAGGAAUGUGUCGGCUGCAGAUCAAACGGUACAAUUUGUGACGUCAGAGCACGAGCGGUAAUAAGAUCAAACACGCGUGGCUAUGGUUUGUACUUAAAUCGGUCGGUCGGAUACCGUAUGAUACCACUUGAUUGCCAGGAUUUAUAUAAUAAUCUAUAAUCGUCGUCUGGGAAUCUUAAAACAUUGACCGAAAUGUUUGAAUUCACUACGAAUAUGAAUGAAACUUUGCUUGUUACGAGAAUAAUGUUAUUUUAUAAAUAAUAAAAUAAGAUACGUAAAAUAAAUCCAUAUUCGCGUUUACUUGUUCUGUUAUUAACCGACCACCACAUAAAAGAGCUCACAGUUGACAAGAAAAUCGGCGAUUUUCUUCAAGCAAAUUAACAAAUUUAGUUGAUAAAUGACUGAUUCGCUAGAACAUCAUCAUAGAUUUGUAGAAAUUGAAGUGCUGGAUUUGGUCUAAAAACCGAUCGCGUCUUAUAACGGAGUAUUGUAUACUAAAAAACACCAAAUUUCAUGGGCAAAAUUGGCGGGAAAAUUUGGUAGUCGAAGGUAAGGAAAUGAUUUCAGACGUUAAACAAAGCUGUUUUUUCUGACUUUUUGUUUAUGGAAAGCUUAGAUAUAAUAUAAUUGAUUUGAUGCAACAGAAUUUUGCAUGCAAUCGAAACUGUAAAAAAAAAAUCCCGACCGACCGACCCCAUUUUUUUCUCGCCAUGUUACCGGAAACACAGGUAUU